UAGCACAGCAAACCAACGCGACCUCCACACGACUACAGUGUGGACCACAGGAACGCAAAAUUUUCAAUCCAUUUAUAUUAAUCGCAAUAGCGCGAUGAGACGUUGUUCUCUAAUGACUUGCUGAAAAGCUCCAAAUCUUGUGUCGGUAACGUUUUCUGUUCCUGUUGUUUCUGUCACCUGCACAUCCGCAUCAUACCAUUUGUGUUGACAUGUUGCGACGAAUUUUUACUGCGCGACGUUUUCAUGAACUAUGGAAACGCGGAACUUUGGCGUUAAACCCUGUCAACAAAAUCCAAGUAAUCGGAGUUUCGCCAACUAUUCUUCCCUGUCACCCAAGUUGUCCCAUCCGGACUGGGAUUCCACUUCUACAGGAGAAUGUUGACUUGGACAAAUGGAAAUCCAUACUGAGGUCCCAGUCUUCCACGCAAGAUGAUGCUGAGGACCAGGAAGUAAGUGAUGAGGACGAAAUCCCAGAAGGGCAUUUACUUAACAAUCUGGUGGCAGCUCAGGAGCUGGUUGCAAUGUGGCGGCUGGCAGGGAAAAUGGUACCUAAAGAGAUGUCUGAUGAAGAGUUACAGAGCUUUGCAGACAUCACCACUAAGUCUGCUAGAAAAAAGUACCUGAAAUACCUGGCCAUAAGAGAAGGCCAUAAGCGAGUGCGUAAGGAGAAGCAACAGCAAAAGAAAGCAGCACGGGAAGCGUUACUGGAGCAAACCAGAGAUCCAGAUUCAGAGGGGGAACCUAAAGAAUACAGAAACACAUUCACAUAUUCGUCCUGGUAUCGCAGUCUUAACAAACUGCUGGGCUGGAGGACUAUCCAGGCCAUGUUGUUUGACCAGCCUCUGGUUUUUGACAUGAGCUAUGAAUCCAACAUGUCCAGACAGGAGAUUAAAAACACUGUAACCCAGCUUUUGGAGGUAGAAGGAUGGAACAGACGUGCCAAGGAGCCUUACCAUCUCCAUUUUUGUAACCUUCAACAAGAUGGAGCUUACAUGAAGGAGUUACUCAAGCGCUAUGGUGCCGAAACCUGGAACAACUUGCUUAUCACCAAUACAGAGAGACAUGCAGUUGACAUGUUUUCUCGUGACCACCUUGUUUACCUCACUGCAGACUCCCCCAAUGUUCUCCGCACCUUCGACCCAUCAAAGAUCUACAUCAUCGGCGCGCUCGUGGACCGGUCCAUUCUGUCCGGUUUGUCACUGGCCAAUGCCAAGCGUCUAAAGUUGGCUACAGCCCGUUUACCACUCAAUGAGUUCCUCCACUGGGAAUUGGGAGCCAAAACUCUGACCCUGGACCAGAUGAUGCGGAUAAUGCUAAGUUUAAAAGAAACUGGGAAAUGGGAGGAGGCUUUGGAAUUUGUGCCAAAGAGGAAACAUGAUGGCUUUCACCAGAAGCAGCAAAUCAACAACCGCAGACUAGAACAGAAUGGGGACCAAUUUUUGAAACCUACAGCCACACAAAGUAAAAAGACUGUUACCUACAAGUCAAAACGAGAGUCUGGGCUUACUGAUGUGGUCAAAAUGUCUGGACGACCUCAGAACAGAGAGACCAAACCAGCUGCAACCAGAGUGCGGACAUCUCUUAAGAGCAGCCUGGAAGGAAGACAUGAGAGCAAAAGUAGGAUGUGGUGGGAAGAUUAGGGACAUGAUCAAAUGGACAAAUUGUCUCACAUCUACAUUUGCAAGAAUGUCAUUAAAGUGAACAAAAUCAUGGAUACACUGUAGUUCUGGGGUAUUCCGGUUUCUUUUCUGUAAAGAAUCUUCUCAACAGACGGUUUGUACAGAAGAACUUUGGUCUUUAUUAAAAUACACCCCACCCAAAAAAAAAAAACAUAACCGCGUCCAGUCUUUUGACCCCCGCUCAGACACACAAAACACAACAAGAUAAAUACAAGUUUAAGUGUCCUACACAUAACAGUAGGUCAUUAGAUAUACUGUAAUUUUCAAACUAUAGGCAGCGAAUUUUUCCCCCCACCCUUUGAGACCUGCGGCUUAUAGCCCAGUACACCUUAUUUGUGGAUUUUUACAGGCUAAUGAGCUGCACGUCAUUUGCUUUAAAUAGCCCAUAAUACAAAG